AAACCAAAAUGUGAAGAUGAAAGGCUCUGUAACCCUUUACCAGUCCCCGAGCCAUCUAGUCUGUUUGAAAAACAAUUUGAUGCAUGUCUUGUAACUGGAAAGAAAUAAGGAAUGCUUUUCAGUUCAGAUUUUCCUGAAAUAGAAUCAGUAUAUUGGAAUAUUUUAGCCUGUUUUUUUAGUGAUUUCUAACAGUGCAAGAAAGUGUUUCAUUUGCUUUUUAGAAUCAGAUUUUUUUUUUCCUAUUUGUAUUAGCAAGAGUUAACACAGUAGAGCUGUAGAGAUUCUGAGAUGCUGCAUAGGAAUUACGUUCUCUGUCAUUUGUGGUUUAAGAAAAGGGGGUGGUAUUCAGCAUUUGAAAGAGCUUUAAUGAAUGCUGUUAAUGUUUGUGAAAGCUAAUGGUUAGAGGAUGUGGAGGAAAGCAAUAGAAAGUGCACUGGCUGCUUCAGUGUGACCUGAUUAGCAUUUUUCUUGAUUGAGGUGACUGUUUCAUCUUGUAUUUUCAUCCCAGUAUUUUUCAUCAUCUCUUGCCAUUUGUUUAUAUUCAGAUGACAUAUGAUUUUUAAAAAGCGCUUUUAUAUAUGUGAAUGCAGUCCCUCCCAAAAUUUGCUUGCCCUAUACAGGAAGAGCAUGUGUUUCUCUAGUCUUGGUUGGAUGCACAAAUCUUCUUUUAUGUGCAUUGCUUCUUGCCCUGUUGCCUAGACGAUCACUUGCUUUCAUUGAGGAUGUCUGGCUCUCGUAAAGAGUUUGACGUGAAGCAGAUUUUAAAAAUCAGAUGGAGAUGGUUUGGUCACCCAUCAUCAAUCCCUAAUUCUGGAAUGGACAGCCACCGGGAAGACUUCUGGAACAGAGGAGAAAAUGCAACAACUGGUGGGACAAAGUUUUUAGAUCCAGGUAACCUACCAUUACCUUUGGCAUCAAUUGGUUACAGAAAGUCUAGCCAACAGGAUUUCCAGAAUUCACCUCCUUGGCCAAUGGCUUCCACCUCUGAAGUCCCUACAUUUGAGUUCACAACAGAAAACUGUGGAGAUGAACGUUGGCUUGAUAGAUCAGAAGCAGAUGAUGGAGCAAGUGAAGAAGAAAAUGAAUCUGACAGCAGUUCAUGCAGGACUUCCAACAGCAGUCAGACUCUAUCAUCUUGCCAAACUAUGGAGCCUUGUACAUCAGAUGAAUUUUUUCAGGCACUCAACCAUGCUGAACAAACCUUUAAAAAGAUGGAAAACUACUUGAGACACAAACAGCUAUGUGAUGUGAUAUUAGUUGCUGGUGAUCGUAGAAUUCCAGCUCAUAGAUUAGUUCUCUCCUCUGUUUCGGACUAUUUUGCAGCCAUGUUUACUAAUGAUGUAAGAGAAGCAAGACAGGAAGAAAUCAAGAUGGAAGGUGUAGAGCCAAAUGCACUGUGGGCUUUGGUUCAAUAUGCAUAUACAGGUCGCCUUGAAUUAAAAGAAGAUAAUAUUGAGUGCCUGUUAUCUACAGCUUGCCUUCUCCAGCUCUCUCAAGUUGUGGAAGCGUGCUGUAAGUUCUUAAUGAAACAGCUUCACCCAUCCAACUGCCUUGGAAUCCGCUCUUUUGCUGAUGCACAGGGUUGCACUGACUUGCACAAAGUGGCUCACAAUUUCACCAUGGAGAAUUUCAUGGAAGUAAUUAGAAAUCAGGAGUUUUUAUUAUUGCCAGCCGCUGAAAUUGCAAAGCUUUUGGCAAGUGACGAUAUGAAUAUUCCUAAUGAAGAAACUAUACUGAAUGCACUGCUUACUUGGGUUCGACAUGAUUUGGAACAGAGAAGGAAAGAACUUAGUAAGCUGUUGGCUUACAUUAGGCUGCCCCUGCUUGCUCCACAGUUUCUGGCAGACAUGGAAAAUAAUGCCCUCUUUAAGGAUGACAUCGAAUGUCAAAAAUUCAUUAUGGAAGCAAUGAAAUACCAUCUGUUGCCAGAGAGACGACCCAUGUUACAAAGUCCUCGCACAAAGCCUAGGAAGUCUACUGUAGGAGUGUUGUUUGCAGUUGGAGGAAUGGAUGCAACAAAAGGAGCUACAAGCAUUGAAAAAUAUGAACUCCGUACCAACAUGUGGACUCCUGUAGCAAAUAUGAAUGGGAGAAGGCUACAGUUUGGUGUUGCAGUAUUAGAUGAUAAAUUGUAUGUUGUUGGUGGUAGAGAUGGACUGAAAACAUUGAAUACUGUGGAGUGCUACAAUCCCAAAACAAAAACUUGGAGUGUAAUGCCACCUAUGUCCACACAUCGGCAUGGCCUUGGGGUAGCUGUAUUGGAAGGUCCUAUGUAUGCUGUAGGAGGGCAUGACGGUUGGAGCUACCUGAAUACAGUAGAAAGAUGGGAUCCACAGGCUCGUCAAUGGAACUUUGUCGCCAGUAUGUCAACUCCAAGGAGCACUGUUGGUGUAGCAGUAUUAAAUGGAAAGCUUUAUGCAGUUGGUGGUCGGGAUGGAAGUUCUUGUCUUAAAUCUGUGGAAUGUUUUGAUCCUCAUACUAAUAAAUGGACUCUCUGUGCUCAAAUGUCAAAGAGAAGAGGAGGUGUGGGAGUAACUACUUGGAAUGGCUUCCUGUAUGCUAUUGGUGGGCAUGAUGCUCCAGCAUCAAACUUGACAUCCAGACUAUCAGACUGUGUGGAAAGGUAUGAUCCAAAAACAGAUGUGUGGACUGCAGUGGCCUCCAUGAGCAUUAGCAGAGAUGCAGUGGGAGUGUGUCUUCUUGGUGACAAGUUGUAUGCUGUUGGAGGAUAUGAUGGGCAAACCUAUCUUAAUACAGUGGAGUCUUAUGAUCCCCAGACCAAUGAGUGGACACAGGUUGCACCAUUGUGCCUAGGAAGAGCUGGAGCAUGUGUUGUGACUGUAAAACUCUAAUUAUUUUGAAUAUGAAGAUACUAGUCUCCUCCAUAGACUCACUACUUUUUUCUCAAAUGAAUUAAUACAUUACCAGUAAACAGAGGAACUGUGUAUUUUCCUCAGAACUAAGUGUUUGGUCUUAAGAUAGUAUACAGCUAAACAAUUUUGAAUGGACCAAUAAUAAGCACUUUUUUAAAAAAUUACUUUACCAUAUACAUACAAGAACUGUAUUUGUAAGCUAUUGUACUGCAGCCAGUUGAUUGCCAACAAAUACUUUCUUUUUAGAAAAUGCUAAGAGACUUAGUGAGUCUGUUAUAAAAUAAUUGAAUGUUACAGAUUAGGGACCCUGAUCCUGCAAACCUGCGUGAGAGUGACUUUAUUCACAGAAGUAGUCCCACUGAUUUCAGUGGGUAUAAGAUGUUGGAGGAUCAGGCCCUAGAUAUUUAAUUUGCCUAUACUGAAGGUCUUUUGCUGCAGCUAUGUAGGAUAUUAUUUUUCAGUGCAGACAGACAAACCAAUUGUAAAUGGCAGGCAUAUUUCUUGCCUUGGAGAUGAAGGUAUACAUUUGGUGACUAUAUUGCACUUUUUUCACCAUAACUGAGGUUUAGCAACCUUUUUAUUUAACCAAAGCCUUAUUUUAAACAUUGUCUUUUUAUUAUGCUAAGAGAAAUCUGCUACUUAAUACUUUCUGCAGAGGUUAUGAAGCAUCCAGUAUACUCUGGAUAUUUAAAGGUUUUAUGUAACAUGCAGUAUAUUUCUUUACUUAAUUCCAUCUCAUAUUAUUUAUACUUGAUUGUAACUACUCUUUGAGUUUUUCCUUUUAAAAUAAAUUAAGUAAGAGAGAGAUCUGCAGUGUGAUUAAAAGUGACCCAGCAGAAGUUAAUAUGAGUGCUUUGGAAACUCCUAAGCAUUCCAUUAUAUGAAGGUUAAAAAGAUCUGUGAUAAUUGUUUUAAACUGCAUUUAAAUUGGGGAUUUGCACUAAUUUGAAGAGUACAGUUUUAUAAGGUGAAAUGAAACACUUGUGCUGUUUUUCCUAUAAUGUUACUUCAACAAAUAAAGGUGGUGAGCCUACAAGAUGCUAAGUGCCCUCAGCUGAGGAUAUUCAGCAUUUUGCAUAAGAGUAAUAAUACCUCACAGGAUCAGAUCCAGUUAGUUACAUUAUUUAAUAUUAUAGUGAACUUCCUUUGAGAUACUUUAUAAUUUGCCUUUUUGAUUAGAUUGUUAUAGUUCAUUACACAGAAUUGUGCGAACAUUCCAAAUGUUCUCUGAAAGUUUUGUGAGGGAUUUUUUUGUUUGUUGCUUUUCUGUGCCUCGUUUCAUAUGUUUUCAAACAGUAUAAUACAUGAUUGUUUCUUUGUAAUGGAAAAUUUGAAGAUGUGGGCUCAUUAAGAGUUUGUGAAAGUAAGUUCAAAGUGUCUGAUACCCAAAGUCUUUGUACAUUUGUAAUGUUUAAAUACAAAUGUAAAUGUUAAUGCUCAAUUAGCUAUUUAUUGUUUUAAAAGAAAUUGCUGAGCAGUAAAACUUUGAUGAAAUCUGUAA